GCGCGGGCCGCGCGGGGACAGGAAGCGCUCCCCGCGGGCGACAGGGGGCAGGCGCGGGCGCCCGGCCGAGACGCGGCGGCCACCCCGCCCCCAGAGAGGGGGGGGGCCGCGGACCGGCAGGGCGCGCGGACGCGCGGCCCACGGCUCGGGGCUGGCCUGCUCGGGCCCGGAGCGCCCGGAGCAGAGGCGGUACAAGGCAGAGUCGGCGAAGGUCCGCAGUGCUAAUCACACUAACAGAGCAACUCAAGACAAACCUGCCUUAGACAGCUUCCUCACUGGCAGUGGCUCUGUGGACGUGCCCAACUUUCUCCUGCGCCACGCUCCCGCGCGCGGGGCCUGCGCGUCCAGCAGCGACCGGUGGCCCGCGGCCGCCAGCGCGGGGGUGGAGCGCGAGUGGCUGUUGCUGCGCUUGACCACC